UCAGCUCCAGUCACAUGGAACUGAACGGUGAUCAGUGAUCGGUGAGUUUAAUAUUGAAUAUUGAAUAUUUAACAGUGACCAGAGCAGCCUGACUCGCAGUCAAUUCGCUGGACUGAACUCUUCAUCGGGAUUAAACACGGACGCUGCUCUUCAUCGUCACAUGGACCUGGAUGGUGACCAGGGACCAGUGCAGCCUGACUCCCAGUAAAGUCACUGGACUGAACUCUACAUCGGGAUCGAUCACAGACGCUGUUUCUUCAUCUGUGGUGACUCUACAACUGCAACAUGGAGUCGGUAGGCUUAUCGAGCACAGGCGAGCUCUUCGAUUCUCUGAAGGUGUAUCUGAACAACAAGAAGAGACUACAACCCAUCAUUGGCCUGGGCAGCAUUAUAGAGUGUGUGAAGGUGGGGGAGCGCUGCAGAGAAGCAUCGUACCUGUGCGAGGUGUGUGUGUGUCGACUGAGUAAAGCCGACAUGCGGAACCACAUCAGCGGAAGUCUCCACAGAUACAACUACAUUAAAGCCUGGCACCCCCAUCUAGUGUGUGAAUGGAAGGAGAACUCUGACCUGUCGAGGCUGGCCUGGCCACUGAUGGAGAUCGCCAGGACAAUUGAGGCAAAAGAGGGGAGUGGAGAUGUCAAGGUAUGUUCUGUUUAUGACUUACUGCGUCUAUCUUUGUUUCUGUUUGCCAACACGUGCGUUUGGAUGAGUUCUCACAUGUUUUUGCUUCUUGACAUGAAGUUAAUAGAGGUUGGAGACGUUCUGUACCAGAAGGUGGCAACACUCAGCGAGAAUGAUGCAGUAACUCUGAUUGCAGCAGUAAAAACUGUAAGAGAUUGGCAGGGUGGACCCGAGUGCCUCUCUCAGGCUACAUCUGAUCAGCUGGAGCAAAAUUCCGGCCAAUCGCAGAGGACUGUGUUGCUCGGUCGCCACCAACCGCCCAAGAGCGAGCGCUCCCUCGAUGCUGAUGUGAUCUCGCAUAAGAUGUCAACACAGACCAACAAUCUUUAUCCUACUGUUGAGUCAGAGGGCUGGUUAACAAACAGCUCAACGCCACACUCAAACAACACUGAACCAUCUGUGCUCUCAGAGAACAGCAGCAGCUUUCUUCAUGGCUACAGAGGAACCAAGCCUCUUAUUGGUCUGGGCCGCGUGGUCGAGUGCAGGAUAGACACUGGCUGCACCUUCCUUUUCUUAUGCCACUGCUGCCGCAUCCGAACAAACAAAACGGACAUCAUUGAUCACCUGACCGGCUCUUCCCACCUCAUCAACUACUUGAUGGAAACUAAUCCUGAGCAGGUGGAAGCAUCGACUGCAGAUAUUAAUGACAACUUUCUCCGAUCACUGGCCGAAAAAGUGGAGCAAGAGGAAGGCAGAGGAGAGCUGAAGGUGAUAGACGCACCAGAGUCACUCUGUAUCCAACUGACUGGCAGAAGUUACCACUGGUGUUUGAGGAUGCUGUGUAACAGAUGGACUACAAGCACCCCAAAUAACAAAUUAACUGUCAGAGGGCAUAGUGUGAACAAGGUCUCGGUUGAGGGUGUGACAGAGAAACGUUCUGCCGUUCUGUCAAAUUGGGGGAAAAGGACGAAGACGAAGAAGAAGAAGAAGAAGAAGGGGAAAGUGGCUGAUACUUUAUUUACGGUAAGCCUGCCUCUUACCAAAGGUCCAGUGGUACUGCAGAGGACGUCUUUCAGCAAGGACAUCCUCCCGGUGUCCUGUUCACCACCACCUGCCUCAGACCUCUUCCCAUCGCCCAAGUCCGACACUGAUAAUGGCGACGCUGAAUCGUUUGCCGUUGACCAUGAUCAACACACCCUCUACACUGGAGGUGCAGUGACCGGUCAGUACAUGGCAGGAGAGACAAACUGCACAGUCACUCUGUAUCAAAUGAUGGAUGGUUAUUCCAGUGAUAAUGAGCACUUAGGCCAGUCCAAUGACACAACCGAGAGAGAAGAUCAAAAGGGUUACUGGGAAAGGAGUCACGAUAGACACCACGGUUCUCAAGAGAGAUCAAGAGAGAACAUUCCCUGCACACCUGAGAUGGGUUAUGAUGAACAGUGGUAUCACCAACAACUGCUGCAAAAUCCUCACAUGGCACCAGAUCAUAUUAGUCUCAUGGCGGCCGAUGCGGGUCGUAGUGGUAGAGUGGCUCCUCGUUCAGACGCUGCUUGGAUCAACACGUGUCCUCAGUUAGGAGACGUCCUUGCCUACAGUGGCAGUUUCGCACCAGAGACUAGCGUGCGCUCUCAUGGGACUGACCAGAGGCAAGUGCCAACAUACUUGGAGUUCACCUCUGGCAAUGUCCAGAUAACUCCACAAAGUUAUAUGACGCCUCCUCUGGCCUAUCAUGGUGUCCAAACAGGCCAAGGGGCGAUGUCUAACCCCAGCUACAGUUAUGGACAGACAACUGAACCUGACUGCUACUCUCCCUAUCAAGACAGCAGCAGCAGCAGCAGCUGUGGUUGGGACAUGUCCUGUUCCAAUGCUUUCAUCCCACCUGUGCCAUCUCUGUAUUAUGGAACCAGCUCUGAUUCAGAUUUCAGAGGCACUGGGCGGCUGAGGGUUGAUGAUUUCCAGGGGUGGCGCUAGAACUCAGAUGGUCCAACAUGGCUUCUAAUUGUGCUGUCUUGUUAUGCUCACAUAUAAAAUCAAUUCGAAGGAUGUUUGCCUCCGAGUUUAGAGAUCAGACUUUGACUUUUUGACUCACAAUCAGUGUUAUUUUUGUUUGACAUAGUUUCUUUGACGUGUUAUUAAAAAGCGUUAUGGGGAAGAUUUGUAUUUUUUUUUUAUUUAGAAAAGAUAUUUGUCUUGAAAGCCUUUUGUUAUUCUUCAAUGAUUAUUAUAAACAUGAUUUCAGCUAUGCAGACAGUAUCGGAGAUAGAGUAUAAAAAGGUUAUAAUUUAUUUUCUGUAUUGUUAGGUCUCUCAUUUAUCCUAACCAAGUGAAGGUGAGAGGCAUUUCAGUGUUUGCAUUCCUUUGAGUUCUGAGCCAAAGAAGCAUAGUGGUAAAAAAAGAGAAACUGUGAUCGGGUGUAACUAAAUACAUUGAAUGAACACCCACAUUUUUUUCCUGGUGGAUACCAGUGUGACUUCAUGAAUGUUUAAACUGAGCUUCAAUAACUCGGAAGAAUGUCUUUAAAAUCCAUAAAAAGUGUGGUGGCUCUCUUUGAGUUUGUGCUCCAGUUAACGUUUCUACUUUUGUUUUAAAAAGCUGAAGCCUGUCAUGAAAUGUGAAAUGUCCUGCUCAACCAGCUGAAUAAAGAACCUUCUGAGAUUA